UUAAUCGUACGUUUUAAAUCCAAAGCAGUUUCCAAACAACAAUUAAUGCCUUUCUCUCUCUUCUUUAUCAGGAUUGACUGGCCAAAACCAUUUGUCAUUUUUUUUUUUUCAUUUUCAGACCAGACGCGGCUGGUCUUGGCUUUCCUUUGUUAAAAUGCAAAGGAAAGCAAAAGCCAAGCCGUAUCUGUAAUAAUUCUUACCAAAUCCAACAGAUUUCAGGUUUCCUAGGUUUCAUUGUGAGAGAAAAACAGAAUUAUCUUGCCAUUAACCAUAUUCUCUUAUUUCUUGUUUCCAAAUUAUCUUUGAUUUUUCAGAAUUGAAACCUGGGUUUUGUUUUGAGUUUCCAUUCCUCUUCGUUUUGGAGGGCCUAGCAGUGAUUGCUAUUUUGGGUUUCUUGAAGAUUAGGAACUGAUCGUUUUAUCGUCAAUCAGGGCCCGGGGACCUGCUCCGAGGAUCAAACUUGUUUCUUUAUGCAAACUACCAGAAGUCAAAACCAAGUCUGCUUGACAUUGUAUCAAGUUGAAUUAAUGUGCCAUGGCUGGUAGUGGUGCAAGUUUGGCUAUCCAGGAAACGGAUAUUACAGUUCUAAAAGAAACACUUCUCUCUCAACAGCAACUUCUGCAGAAGCUUUAUGCCGAGCUAGAUGUGGAAAGAGAAGCCUCUGCUACUGCCACUAAUGAAGCUUUGUCCAUGAUACUGCGUUUGCAAGGUGAAAAGGCUGCAGUGAAGAUGGAAGCAAGUCAAUACAAGAGAUUGGCAGAAGAAAAGAUUGGCCAUGCAGAGGAGUCCCUUGCAAUUUUUGAAGAUCUUAUGUAUCAGAAAGAAAUGGAAAUUUCUUCUCUUGAGUUCCAAAUUCAGGCUUAUAAGUACAAACUUCUAAGCUUGGGCUGUGAUGAUUUGGAUGAUUUUGAGAAACAGUUUCCAGAGAAUCCAUUUGCAGAAAGAAAUGAUACAUGCCUUGGAGAAAAGGCCAUUAAAGCCACUGUGAGAAGACUCAGCUCUCUGCCUGCAACUUUACCAACAGAUUUCUAUCAAAAGAAGAAUACUAAUGAUGCAGAAAACUGUCCAACUCCAAUGCAAGAUUUGUUUUCAAGCGUAGAUGCUGGAAAUUUUGACCCGGUAGUUCGUGAUCAAAGCUUGGGUUCAAGGAGAAGUUCAGUUCACUCAUCAGCUGGGGACUUCAAUUCUUACUCGGAGCAGAUCAGAAUGCUAGAUGAAAAGGUGAAAGAGAUUUCAGAUUUUAAAGAAGUUGGUCCAAAGAAAAUUUCAAAUGUAAAGGUUGAAUCAGUGUCCCGAAAUACCAGCUCACUCACUGAUCCAUCAAGAGCAAAUCUUCCCCCUAAAUGUCACAAAAUAAAAUCUCAUGAAGAUUCAUUAGAAAGACCAAUUCCAAGUUCUGCUUUUUCCUCUAGUCCUGUUCAUGAUAUAUUUGAAGUCUCAGACAUAUUUGAAGUCCCAGAAACCAGUGAAAAGAACAAAACUUGUUUUAAUGGGGAAAAAAGUAAGGGCAAGUCAAUUUUGGAAAGAGAUGAUAGGCUUAAAAAGCCAGACUUGAUCGUGGGAGAAACUUUUGAACCACCUGCAGAAGUUGACAGGAUAAAGAUGAAUAACUUUCCGAGUGCAAAGCCUGAGAAAAAAUCAUGUAAAGUGAGAGAUGAGUCGAAUGCUGACUGCAAAUUGCCUGCUGAAUAUGAAACUGAAAGGGUAAAAAUGAAUAACUUGCUGAAUGCAAACCAUGAGAAAAGAUUAUGCAAACUGAGAGAUCAGACAAAUGCUGACUGCAAAUCGGCCUUUCUUCACCGACACACUAGUGUUACUGACUGUAAAUCUGAGUUGCAACAGCUUAAUCAGAGAGUUGAGCAGCUUGAGAGUGGGAGAAACAAUAGAAGGCAUGAAAUUAGUGAAGGAAGGGAAGAGGCAUUGAAUUUGUUAAAGGAUCUACGAGAACAGCUUAAUUCAAUACAAUCUGAGAUGAGAAGUUGGAGACCCAAGAAAUCCUCGCCUUCGGAUGAGGUGACUCUACUUCCUCUCACAGAGGCAAUGCUGUACUUCUGGAUGUAAUUAAACAAUUAAUGUGGAAUCUACUCAAAAAAGCACCAGUGACAUCAAGACAUGAUGGGCAAAAAAAUUAACUGCUCUCUGCACAUCUACUGUAGAAUGUUCUCUUUUUGAUUGAGAUUGUUUUGCUCAUAUAAAGUGAACAUGAUGCAAAAAAAUUGCAGAACAUGCACCCACCAUGAAAAGAAAAAUGAGCAUGUCCGGUUUGUUUGAGCUCUUUCGUGUAUGUAUUUUCCUCCUGAAAUCGAGUUGGUUUUGUUAAACUGAGUAGUUUAUUCAUAUAUGCACAUUUCUCUU